CUUGACUCCUUUCCCUUCUCAACCCCACACCAAGUCCAAUUGCGGCAAAACCUACCCAUCAUGCCAACCUCAAUGCCGUGCCCUUCUAUGCGUAUCCCCAUCGAGCUUCUCACGCAAUCCUCUUUCUCACAAUUCGGCACUGUCAUCGAGAACCCCGCACACUCCAACGCCCCGCGUUCCCAACGAAUGCCCCUACCAGAUGCCGUAUCUGCAAAUCAGGGGACCGCACUCAAAUUCUUCGAUGUAACACACAUGUCGAAUCUUUACAGCCUUGCUCCCAGCAAGAAACCGGCUCGUGCGGUCAUGAACAUGUUCGUCUGCGCACCCCGCGAUCUCCGCCCUCACGAGCCUUCGGAGAGCAUGCCUUCGAGCUGGGGAGACAUAGACUUUGACGAGGAUGAUGACGGAGAUGGAGACAGACAAUUGUUUGAUGUGCAGAUACUAGAAAGACACCCCUUUACUACACAGACCUUCAUUCCUAUGGGACUGUCACAAACGGACAGGCACACUCAGUACCUUGUCAUUGUAGCUCCGACGCUCCCAGCCUCCGCGUCCCGAAGGCACACUGGCCGACCGCCUCCAUACCCAACCCCGAAAGUCAAAAGGCAGAAGUCUAUGAAAGACAUAUUUGCUCGAGCUCGACCCUCGCCCUUCACCAACGAAGCCGCUCCACCACCAAAUAUAGUCACACGGCUACAUCCCUCACAACAACCCAAGGGGCCAGGCCUACCCGACCUGAAGAAUCUCAGGGCGUUUGUCGCCACGGGAAAUCAGGCAGUGACAUAUGGGGCUGGAACAUGGCAUGCUCCGAUGGUCGUCAUUGGGGACCGACCUAUUGAUUUUGUCGUCAUUCAAUUCGCAAAUGGUGUCAACAACGAAGAUUGCCAAGAAAUCACUCUCCUGCCAGAUAGAGACGCAGAAGAGGGUAUGGUCAUUCAGGUCGAUGAGGAUUCUUCUGGAAAGGUGCUGGUUAAGGCCGGGGUUGGAUCUGUAAAAGCUAAAUUAUGAGCGAGAUCUCGACUGUUGGGCAUUGCCACGCUUUCUUCCAUUCGAGUAAUAUAC